CAACGCGAGGCUAUUACUUGCUAGCAGGAAAAAAAAAUAGUCCGGUGCUUAGCUGAGCCGAAGUGAACGGGUUCUGUGAGAAGGAUAGUCGAAAAGAAUUCGAUUUUUUUCUUCUGAAUCGAUUCCUAUACAUUCGAAAACAUGAAUGAUAACGAGAAACUGGACAACCAGCGGCUGAAAAAUUUCAAAAAUAAAGGUCGAGAUUUGGAGACAAUGAGAAGGCAGCGUACAGAGGUGGUCGUCGAACUGAGAAAGAAUAAGAGGGAUGAGCACCUUUUGAAGAGGAGGAACGUGCCGCCUGAGGACAUCUGCGAUGACUCCGAUGUCGAUGGUGAUUUCAGGACGCAAAAUACUUCUUUGGAGGCAAUCGUCCAAAACGCCACCAGUGACAACCAGGGCAUUCAGCUGAGUGCAGUGCAAGCUGCCAGGAAACUGCUAUCGAGUGACCGCAACCCUCCCAUAGAUGAUUUGAUAAAGUCUGGUAUUCUGCCUAUUCUUGUGCACUGCCUGGAUAGAGAUGAUAAUCCAUCUCUGCAGUUCGAGGCAGCCUGGGCUUUGACUAACAUUGCUUCAGGGACCUCCGAGCAAACACAGGCAGUGGUGCAGUCCAAUGCAGUUCCCCUGUUCCUAAGGCUGCUCCACUCUCCCCACCAGAAUGUGUGUGAGCAAGCUGUCUGGGCUUUGGGCAAUAUCAUCGGUGAUGGUCCCCAGUGCAGAGACUAUGUGAUCAGCCUUGGUGUUGUCAAGCCCCUGCUGUCCUUUAUCAGCCCCUCCAUCCCCAUCACCUUCCUGCGCAAUGUCACUUGGGUCAUGGUUAACCUGUGCCGUCACAAGGAUCCACCUCCACCCAUGGAGACCAUCCAGGAGAUCCUGCCUGCCCUGUGUGUCCUAAUUCAUCACACAGAUGUCAAUAUCCUGGUGGACACAGUUUGGGCUCUGUCUUAUCUGACUGACGCUGGCAAUGAGCAGAUCCAGAUGGUCAUUGAUUCUGGCAUUGUUCCUCACCUGGUGCCCCUCCUUAGCCACCAGGAGGUCAAAGUUCAGACUGCGGCGCUGCGUGCAGUGGGGAACAUUGUGACUGGCACAGAUGAACAAACACAGGUGGUGCUGAACUGUGACGCCCUGAGCCACUUCCCUUCCCUGCUCACACACCCCAAAGAAAAAAUCAACAAGGAGGCAGUGUGGUUCCUGUCCAAUAUCACGGCUGGGAACCAGCAGCAGGUCCAGGCAGUUAUUGAUGCCAGCCUCGUGCCCAUGAUCAUCCUUCUGCUUGAUAAGGGAGAUUUCGGCACUCAGAAAGAGGCGGCUUGGGCCAUCAGUAAUCUCACAAUCAGUGGCAGAAAAGACCAGGUGGCAUACCUGAUCCAGCAGCAGGUCAUUCCACCCUUCUGCAACCUGCUGACAGUCAAGGAUGCUCAGGUGGUGCAGGUGGUUCUGGAUGGACUCAGCAAUAUUCUAAAAAUGGCUGAUGAAGAGGCCGAGACCAUCGCCAACCUGAUCGAGGAGUGUGGAGGGUUGGAAAAAAUCGAACAGCUACAGAAUCAUGAGAAUGAGGACAUCUACAAACUGGCUUAUGAAAUCAUUGAUCAAUUCUUCUCGUCUGACGAUAUUGAUGAGGACUCGAGUCUGGUUCCAGAGGCCAUCCAAGGUGGAACAUACGGAUUUAAUUCAUCAGCCAACGUGCCAGCAGAGGGAUUCCAAUUUUAGAAGGGUGACCUGAAAUCUGGAGAUUUGUUUGCGAUGCAGCACUCCAACAUGUACAAAAAAUUAAUUAGGAGAGAAAGAGAGAAGUGCGCGAAUGUGAGAAAUUAGAUCCAUUGUGCUUGGCUCAUGGGAUCCAUGGCUGCAUCUAAUCCAAGAGAAAUUGUGUGGAUUUCGUUUGGCAUCCUGGUGUGAAUCCAGUCCAAAUGAAGUUUGUGACGGCGAGUGGGUGCGAGUGAGGAAUGAGUGGGCUACUAAAUGUUGCAAAAACACAACCAUCUACACCGAAUGGGUUCAGAGAACAUUUCGUGAAAUGUCACACAAAUAUCAGGACGUGUCUACCAAACGACAAUAAAAGCAAAUCAGCGCAAAAAACCAUGGGGAGAAAUAAGAUGUUGCGACCUGGCAAUUGGAGGGAAUGACACAAGAAAACCUACGAAACUUCUGAACAAGAAUAUACAAAAAACAAACCACACAAACUGAGCAGUGGGAGGUGUCAUUACUGGGUGGCGUCUCCCCUCCCCACAAUGGUCCCCGCUGUGAGAGGUGUGUGCAAGUGAGCCGUUUUUGCGUAUGAAUGUAUGGACUUGGGGCCGAGGAUGCGGAGCUUGCCUCCGAAAUCUCUUAACUUUCAGCGCUCGUCAUUCCUCGACAGUGCUGCAUGUGCAAAGUCAGCAGAUGAAUGGGUGUGUGUGUGUGUGUGAGAGAGAGCAAGCGCGUGUGACUGACUGGAGUGUGUCAGGCAGGGCUGAAUGUGGACGCAUGUGGAGAGUCACCAUCGAAAUACAGAAAGGAGCGUUAAUACAUAGUCUGGAAAAUCAAAUAAAGUAAACAGCAAGGAAGAAGCGGCUGAUCAGAAAAGAAGAAAAUAAAAGCUUCAAGAGAAAUCGUCAAGCAACAGCAAUGAUUUAAAAAAAAUAAGACUUCAGGUUUUUUUUUUCCUUUUUUCUUUUUUUCCUUAAAUGACACUGGACUGGGCUCUUAAGUGGAGAAAUGGAGGGCUGUUGCGUUUAAAAAUGAUGCACUCUGUAGCUUUUGAGAUUUGCUUUUAGUCUCCAGUGGUUUUUUUUUUUUAUUUUUUUUAAUUUUAGCUUCUGAAUAUGUUUUCAGUGCUUGUGUAGAACUGCAGUUUAACCCUUCAAUAUGAGUACCACUGUAGUUUUGCCUUUUUGGGGAAAAAAAAAGUUGCAAUCACCCAUUCUUACCUUUCAAUACUCCUGUAUUACUCUUCUGCAUGAUUUGUUCUUUUAUUUUUCUUGUAGGUUCUCGGUAGAGCCUUCACAUCUUUGGUGGUAAUAAAUGGAGAAAUAAGGCCAUUAGAUGUCAAUUCAUGAAAAUUUCAAUCUUUACAUGUACUGAAAUGGAGCGUAGUUUUCUGGGUUUUUACUUCUGUUAGCAAAUUACUUUCUCCCCCUUUUUAAAUUUUUAAUUUUUUUUUUUUUUAAUAUGUAUUAUGUUGGUCUCUUCCCCACCAAACCUUGUACUCACCUGAUCUGGUGGAGUCUAACCUGUUUUGUGUACACGCUGAGGGCGGUGUGUGAUGAGUGCACAUUUAGGACUUGACAUGCCUGUCCCAUCAAACUACGAGUAUAUGCAUAAUAGAAAUAUGAUCUUGGGGUUUUUUUUGUUUUGUUUUUUUUAAAUAUGUAUAUGUAGAUAGUCCUAAUUACUGUUAGGUCACAUUAGAGGUGUAAUUCUUCAUGAUAGUUUCAAUAAUUUUGAAAUAAAUGACCUGCCUCUUAUUUUGGGGUGUUCUUUUUCGGAGAAAAUUAUAUUUGUAGCGUGAUGCUCCAGCUCCCUGAAGUCUCUGGUGUCUUGCAGGCUGUUGUCCAGUGCCUUCUUAGUAGAGCACAAGUAAAAUGAAGGAAAAAAAAAUGCAUGAACAAAACAGUGGUGUUCUCAUGUACACAAUAUUUGUCCUUUAUUCCCUUCUAGGUCCCUUUUAUUUUAUUUUUUUUUUGUGUUUGAAAUUUUACAACACUGUAGAGAUGGAAUACCCUUUGUGGUCAUAACUUUCUGUUGGACAUAGGGUAUAUGUGCAGCAUUCCUCAAAGAUACGAUUUCAUAUGUGCAGCAUUAGCAAAGAUGUGGUUUCAGAAGUGGGGAAAACAUUAAAAUUAGAUGAUAUGCUUAACCUGUUGACCAUACAACUACAGGCUAAGUUUCUUUGAAAUAAAUAUUGAAACCAUA